GUAUGGCGAGCGAAUCCACUUGCCCGGUACAGGUGUCGUCUGGUGAGUGGAAAACCGGGUUUCCACUACGAUUCAGUGGACGAAACGCAACGACCGCGCCUCCACCGACGAAUUGGGAUCUCGCUGCCAUCAGACAGCUCACGCACGCGGAUUAAGAAGACUUUGGGGCCGCCUCUGAUCGAAGCCUGUCCGUUGGAUGCCAUCGAGUUUCCCUUGCGCGACUCGUCUUCCUCAUCAGCGUCUAUAUAAAAUAGCGACCGACGUGGUUCCCGUACCCAACUCGGAAAUCUAUCUCGUCCAUGAUAUCGUCGCUGUGCCUCGCUUCCCCCAAAUCCUUCCUCCGCCCCCCGCGCUGCGUCGCCGCCUCCGCCGCCGCAGCCCCUCCUGCCGUCUGCUCGUCCGUGACGCUAUACGACGUGCUCGGCAUCGCCGCCGGCGCAUCCGGCCGCGAGAUCAAGGCGGCGUACCGGAGGCUUGCCCUUGCGUGCCACCCGGACGUGGCCGCGGUCGAGCGGAGGGGCGCGUCCGCGGUCGAGUUCAUGCGGGUCCACGCGGCUUACGAGACUCUCUCUGAUCCGGAGAAGCGCGCCGACUACGACCGCAGCGUCAUGACAGCGGUGGACGCCGGCCGGCGGUGGGCGCCCUUCCGCUCGCAGUGGACGUCGUCGUACUCCACCGGUCGCCGCCGCCCUCGCACGUGGGAGACGGACCAGUGCUGGUAGCACUCGGACCGAUCCACCACAUCAGUGUACAGAUUUUGAGGGAUGUUUUACAUCAAUUUCCCUUGGUUAGAUUUGUAUAAGAAAAUCGAAGUCAUAUAUAGGCGUCCCCAUUUUUCAUCUGCGACAAAAGACUUGAGAUGUGUAAAUGUGUCUGUGCUCAGUUUAACAUGGAAAUUGUUGUUUGGAUCGGAAA